AUGGCCGCGCGGGCAGCAGCGGCGGCGGCGGCGGCGCGGGCGCGGGCUGGCAGCGGCGAGCGGCGGGCGCCCCCCGGGCCGCGGCCGGCGCCCGGGGCCCGGGACCUAGAGGCGGGGGCGCGCGGCGCGGCGGCGGCGGCGGCGGCACCGGGACCCAUGCCGGGGGGCGGCGGCGACGGCAGCGGCCUGAAUAACGUGCACCACCACCCCCCGCACCCCCGUCACGAACUGAACAUGGCCCAUAACGCGAGCGCGGCGGCAGCCGCCGCCAGCGCUAACAGCGCCAAGAGCGGCGGCUCCGAGGCGGCUCUCAAGGAGGGUGGAAGCGCCGCCGCGCUGUCCUCCUCCUCCUCCUCCGCGGCGGCGUCCUCCUCUUCCUCCUCGGCGGGCCCGGGCUCGGCCAUGGAGACGGGGCUGCUCCCCAACCACAAACUGAAAACCGUUGGCGAAGCCCCCGCCGCACCGCCCCACCAGCAGCACCACCACCACCACCAUGCCCACCACCUGCACCACCAUGCCCACCACCUCCACCGCCACCACCACGCACUACAACAGCAGCUAAGCCAGUUCCAGCAGCAGCAGCAGCAGCGGCAGCAGCAUCCCAUUUCCAACAACAGUCUCAGCGGCGCGGGCAGUGGCACGGCUCAGCCCGGUCCCGACAUGGAGCAACCGCAACAUGGAGGGGCCAAGGACAGUGCCGGGGGCAGCCAGGCCGAGCCCCCGGGCCAGCCUCUGCUGAGCAAGCCGGGCGACGAGGACGACGCGCCGCCCAAGAUGGGGGAGCCGGCGGGCGGCCGCUACGAGCAGCCGGGCCUGGGCGCCCUGGGCGCGCAGCAGCAGCCGGUCGCCGUGCCCGGGGGCGGCGGCGGCGUCGGCGGCGGCGGCGUCGGCGGCGGCGUCGGCGGCCCGGCGGCCGUCUCGGAGUUUAAUAAUUACUAUGGCAGCGCUGCCCCAGCUAGCGGCGGCCCCGGCGGCCGCGCUGGGCCUUGCUUUGAUCAACAUGGCGGACAACAAAGCCCCGGGAUGGGGAUGAUGCACUCCGCCUCAGCUGCCGCCGGAGCCCCCAACAGCAUGGACCCCCUGCAGAACUCCCACGAAGGGUACCCCAACAGCCAGUACAACCAUUAUCCGGGCUACAGCCGGCCCAGCGCGGGCGGCGGCGGCGGCGGCGGCGGCGGCGGAGGAGGAGGAGGAGGAGGCAGCGGAGGAGGAGGAGGAGGAGGAGGAGGAGCAGGAGCGGGAGCUGUGGCGGCGGCGGCCGCGGCGGCGGCGGCAGCAGCAGCAGGAGGCGGCGGCGGCGGCGGCGGCUAUGGGGGCUCGUCCUCGGGGUACGGGGUGCUGAGCUCCCCCCGGCAGCAGGGCGGCGGCAUGAUGAUGGGCCCCGGGGGCGGCGGGGCCGCAAGCCUCAGCAAGGCGGCCGCCGGCGCGGCGGCGGGGGGCUUCCAGCGCUUCGCCGGGCAGAACCAGCACCCGUCGGGGGCCACUCCGACCCUCAACCAGCUGCUCACCUCGCCCAGCCCCAUGAUGAGGAGCUACGGCGGCAGCUACCCGGACUACAGCAGCCCCAGCGCGCCGCCGCCGCCGCCGCCGUCGCAGCCCCAGUCCCAGGCGGCGGCGGCGGGGGCGGCGGCGGGCGGCCAGCAGGCGGCCGCGGGCAUGGGCUUGGGCAAGGACAUGGGCGCCCAGUACGCCGCUGCCAGCCCGGCCUGGGCGGCCGCGCAACAAAGGAGCCACCCGGCGAUGAGCCCCGGCACCCCCGGCCCGACCAUGGGCAGAUCCCAGGGCAGCCCAAUGGAUCCCAUGGUGAUGAAGAGACCUCAGCUGUAUGGGAUGGGCAGUAACCCUCAUUCUCAGCCACAGCAGAGCAGCCCUUACCCGGCAGGUUCCUACGGCCCCCCAGGCCCACAGCGGUAUCCGAUUGGCAUUCAAGGUCGGACCCCAGGGGCCAUGGGAGGAAUGCAGUACCCACAGCAGCAGGUGCCGCCUCAGUAUGGCCAGCCAGGUGUGAGCGGUUACUGCCAGCAGGGCCAGCAGCCUUACUACAGCCAGCAGCCGCAGGCGCAGUAUCUGCCGUCCCAGCCCCAGCAGAGGUACCAGCCGCAGCAGGAUAUGUCUCAGGAAGGCUAUGGAACUAGGUCUCAACCUCCUCUGGCUCCUGGAAAACCCAACCAUGAAGACUUGAACUUAAUACAACAAGAAAGACCAUCAAGUUUACCAGUUGAAGUCUUGACCUCGGAGGAUACUGCCUUUGGACUCAAGGACCUGUCUGGCUCCAUUGAUGACCUCCCCACGGGAACGGAAGCAACUUUGAGCUCAGCAGUCAGUGCAUCCGGGUCCACAAGCAGCCAAGGGGAUCAGAGCAACCCAGCUCAGUCGCCUUUCUCUCCACACGCAUCUCCCCAUCUCUCCAGCAUCCCUGGGGGCCCAUCGCCUUCUCCUGUCGGCUCUCCUGUAGGAAGCAACCAGUCACGAUCUGGCCCAAUUUCUCCUGCAAGUAUUCCAGGCAGUCAGAUGCCUCCUCAGCCACCUGGGAGCCAGUCAGAAUCCAGUUCUCAUCCUGCCUUGAGCCAGUCACCAAUGCCACAGGAAAGAGGUUUUAUGGCAGGCACACAAAGAAACCCUCAGAUGUCUCAAUAUGGACCUCAACAGACAGGACCAUCCAUGUCGCCUCAUCCUUCUCCUGGAGGCCAGAUGCAUCCUGGAAUCAGUAGCUUUCAGCAGAGUAACUCAAGUGGGACUUACGGUCCACAGAUGAGCCAGUAUGGACCACAAGGUAACUACUCCAGACCCCCAACAUAUAGUGGGGUGCCCAGUGCAAGCUACAGCGGCCCAGGGCCCGGCAUGGGCAUCAAUGCCAACAGCCAGAUGCAUGGACAAGGGCCAAGCCAGCCGUGUGGUGCUAUGCCCCUGGGACGAAUGCCAUCAGCUGGGAUGCAGAACAGACCCUUUCCUGGAAAUAUGAGCAGCAUGACCCCUAGUUCUCCUGGCAUGUCUCAGCAGGGAGGGCCAGGAAUGGGGCCACCAAUGCCAACCGUGAACCGUAAGGCACAGGAGGCAGCUGCCGCAGUGAUGCAGGCCGCUGCGAACUCGGCACAAAGCAGGCCACCAUACAUUAGGUCGCCUGCUUAUCCCAGCCAGUCUGGGGCUGGCGGACGCCCCAUGUUUUCUUCCCAGCACCCCAACUAUGGCAACUCUCAGGCUCCCAUGAUGAACCAGCCUGACCAGUACGGGCAAGGCGGCUUUCCCGGCGUGAAUCAGAGCGGACUCAUGGCUUCCAGCUCUCCCUACAGCCAGCCCAUGAGCAACAGCUCUGGGCUGAUGAACACCCAGGCGCCCCCCUACAGCAUGACGCCCAAUAUGGUGAACAGCUCAACAGCAUCUAUGGGUCUUGCAGAUAUGAUGUCUCCUGGUGAAUCCAAACUGUCCCUGCCUCUCAAAGCAGAUGGUAAAGAAGAAGGCACUGCACAGCCGGAGAGCAAGUCGAAGGAUAGCUACAGCUCUCAGGGUAUUUCUCAGCCCCCAACCCCCGGCAACCUGCCAGUCCCUUCCCCAAUGUCCCCCAGCUCUGCUAGCAUCUCCUCAUUUCAUGGAGAUGAAAGUGAUAGCAUUAGCAGCCCAGGCUGGCCAAAGACUCCAUCAAGCCCUAAGUCCAGCUCAUCCACCACCACUGGCGAAAAGAUCACAAAGGUGUAUGAAUUGGGGAAUGAGCCAGAGAGAAAGCUGUGGGUAGACCGAUACCUCACCUUCAUGGAGGAGAGAGGCUCCCCGGUCUCAAGUCUGCCUGCGGUGGGCAAGAAGCCCUUGGACCUGUUCCGACUCUAUGUCUGCGUUAAAGAGAUUGGAGGUUUGGCACAGGUUAAUAAAAACAAGAAGUGGCGCGAGCUGGCAACCAACCUAAAUGUCGGCACUUCAAGCAGUGCAGCGAGCUCCCUGAAAAAGCAGUAUAUUCAGUACCUGUUUGCCUUUGAGUGCAAGACUGAGCGAGGGGAGGAGCCCCCGCCGGAAGUCUUCAGCACGGGAGACACCAAGAAGCAGCCCAAGCUCCAGCCGCCCUCUCCUGCUAACUCAGGAUCCUUGCAAGGUCCACAGACUCCCCAGUCAACUGGCAGUAAUUCCAUGGCAGAGGUUCCAGGUGACCUGAAGCCGCCUACUCCGGCCUCCACCCCUCACGGACAGAUUACCCCAAUGCAAGGUGGAAGAAGCAGUACAGUCAGUGUGCACGACCCAUUCUCAGACGCAAGUGAUUCAUCAUUCCCAAAACGCAACUCCAUGACUCCGAGCGCCCCAUACCAGCAGGGCAUGAGCAUGCCGGAAGUGAUGGGCAGGAUGCCCUACGAGCCCAACAAGGACCCCUUUGGAGGAAUGAGAAAAGUGCCUGGAAGUAGCGAGCCGUUUAUGACGCAAGGACAGAUGGCCGCCAGCAGCAUGCAGGACAUGUACAACCAGAGCCCGUCUGGAGCGAUGUCCAGUCUAGGCAUGGGGCAGCGGCAGCCGUUUCCCUAUGGAGCCAGUUACGAUCGAAGGCAUGAACCUUACGGGCAACAGUACCCAGGCCAAGGCCCUCCCUCAGGACAGCCAGCAUAUGGAGGACACCAGCCGGGCCUGUAUCCACAGCAGACGAAUUACAAGCGCCAUAUGGAUGGCGUGUAUGGGCCUCCAGCCAAACGCCACGAGGGAGACAUGUACAACAUGCAGUACGGCAACCAGCAGCAAGAGAUGUAUAACCAGUACGGAAGUUCCUACUCCGGACCCGACAGGAGGCCCAUCCAGGGACAGUACCCGUACCCCUACACCAGGGAGAGGAUGCAAGGCCCGGGGCAGAUACAGGCGCACGGGAUCCCACCCCAGAUGAUGGGCGGCCCAAUGCAGUCGUCUUCCAGCGAAGGGCCUCAGCAGAGUAUGUGGGCGACACGCAACGAUAUGCCUUAUCCCUACCAGAGCAGGCAAGGCCCCGGCGGCCCUGCACAGACACCUCCUUACCCAGGCAUGAACCGCACGGACGACAUGAUGGUACCUGAUCAAAGGAUAAACCACGAGAGCCAGUGGCCUUCUCACGUCAGCCAGCGUCAGCCUUACAUGUCCUCUUCAGCCUCCAUGCAGCCCAUCACGCGCCCGCCUCAGUCAUCCUACCAGACGCCACCAUCGCUGCCAAAUCAUAUCUCCAGGGCGCCCAGCCCCGCCUCCUUCCAGCGCUCCCUGGAGAGCCGCAUGUCUCCCAGCAAGUCCCCCUUCCUCCCCUCCAUGAAGAUGCAGAAGGUCAUGCCCACCGUCCCCACGGCCCAGGUCACGGGGCCGGCCCCCCAGCCGCCCCCAGUCAGAAGGGAGAUCACCUUUCCUCCUGGCUCUGUGGAAGCGUCACAGCCCGUCUUGAAACAAAGGCGGAAGAUUACCUCAAAAGAUAUUGUUACUCCUGAGGCCUGGCGUGUGAUGAUGUCCCUCAAGUCAGGUCUUCUGGCUGAAAGUACUUGGGCUUUGGACACUAUUAAUAUUCUUCUAUAUGAUGACAGCACUGUCGCUACUUUCAAUCUCUCCCAGUUGUCCGGAUUUCUCGAACUUUUAGUAGAGUACUUUAGGAAAUGCCUGAUUGACAUUUUUGGGAUUCUUAUGGAAUAUGAAGUGGGAGACCCCAGCCAAAAAGCACUUGAUCACAAUGUGGUAAAGAGAGAUGACAGCCAGUCCUUGGCCGACGAUUCUGGGAAAGAGGAAGAAGAUGCCGAAUGUAUUGAUGAGGAGGAAGAUGAGGAGGAAGACGAGGAGGAAGACGGUGGGAAGGCGGAGACUGAGGACAGGAGCAGCAUGGCCUUGGCCUCCCCCGAUGCCACCGCGGAUCCAAAGGAGAAGCCCAGGCAAGCCAGUAAGUUCGACAAGCUGCCAAUAAAGAUAGUCAAAAAGAACAACCUGUUUGUCGUCGACCGGUCUGACAAGCUGGGCCGUGUUCAGGAGUUCAGCAGUGGACUUCUGCACUGGCAGCUCGGUGGCGGGGACACCACCGAGCACAUCCAGACUCACUUUGAGAGCAAGACGGAAAUUCCUCCUCGCAGGCGUCCACCUCUCCCUUUAAGCGCCACAGGUAGAAAGAAAGAGCAAGAAGGCAAAGGGGACCCUGAAGAGCAGCAAGAGAAGAGCAUCAUUGCAACCAUUGAUGACGUCCUGUCUGCUCGGCCAGGGGCUCUUCCUGAAGACGCAAACCCUGGUACCCAAACCGAAAGCAGUAAGUUUCCCUUUGGAAUCCAUCAAGCCAAAAGUCACCGCAAUAUCAAGCUGCUGGAGGACGAGCCGCGGAGCCGGGACGAGGCUCCGCUCUGCACCGUCGCGCACUGGCAGGACUCGCUGGCUAAGCGCUGCAUCUGCGUGUCCAAUAUCGUCCGGAGCUUGUCUUUUGUGCCUGGGAACGACGCUGAAAUGUCCAAACAUCCAGGCUUGGUGCUGAUCCUGGGGAAGCUGAUUCUUCUUCACCACGAGCAUCCCGAGAGAAAACGAGCGCCGCAGACCUACGAGAAGGAGGAAGACGAGGACAAAGGGGUGGCCUGCAGCAAAGAUGAGUGGUGGUGGGACUGCCUCGAGGUCUUAAGGGAUAACACGUUGGUCACCUUGGCCAACAUUUCUGGGCAGCUAGACUUGUCUGCUUACACGGAAAGCAUCUGCUUGCCAAUAUUGGAUGGCUUGCUGCACUGGAUGGUGUGCCCGUCAGCAGAGGCACAAGACCCCUUUCCCACUGUGGGACCCAACUCUGUCCUGUCGCCUCAGAGACUUGUGCUGGAGACGCUCUGUAAACUCAGCAUCCAGGACAACAAUGUGGACCUGAUCUUGGCUACGCCUCCAUUUAGUCGUCAGGAGAAAUUCUAUGCCACGUUAGUUAGGUACGUUGGGGAUCGCAAAAACCCAGUCUGUCGAGAAAUGUCCAUGGCGCUUUUAUCGAACCUUGCCCAAGGGGACGCGCUGGCUGCAAGGGCAAUAGCUGUGCAGAAAGGAAGCAUCGGGAACUUGAUAAGCUUCCUAGAGGAUGGGGUCACGAUGGCCCAGUAUCAGCAGAGCCAGCAUAACCUCAUGCACAUGCAGCCCCCGCCUCUAGAGCCCCCUAGCGUGGACAUGAUGUGCAGGGCGGCCAAGGCUCUGCUGGCCAUGGCCAGAGUGGACGAGAACCGCUCAGAGUUCCUUCUGCACGAGGGUCGAUUGCUGGAUAUCUCGAUAUCAGCCGUCCUGAACUCUCUGGUUGCGUCUGUCAUCUGUGAUGUACUGUUUCAGAUUGGGCAGUUAUGACAUCAGUGAGAAGGCAGCAUGUGUGAGUGAAGACUAGAGGCUCCCGUAUAACUGGCUGUUUUCUGUUCUUGUUUCUCCAGUGUAGGAAGAUGGAAAGAAAAUCUUUGCUCCUCUGCCCCAUCCACUAUUUACCAAUUGGGAAUUAAAGAGAUAAUUAAUUCGAACAGUUAUGAAAUUAAUAUUUGCCAUCUGUGUGUAUAAGUACAUCCUUUUGGGUUUUUUUUUAUUUUGUUGUUUUUUUUUUUAACCAAAGUUGCUGUCUAGUGCAUUCAAAGGUCACUUUUUGUUUUUCACCGGUUUUCUUUCUAAUGUGCUUUUCCAUGUCUUACUGCAUUUUUUGGGAAGCGAAUUGACUUUAAAGAAAAAAGUUAGGGUAAAAGAUGCUAAGAUGGGAAAAUUUCACCACACUGAGGCAAAAAGGUGAAAAAUUAUCAAUUUCCUAGCUGUGUUAUUCUUCAAAUAAUGAAAAAAUAAAAACUGCAUCCCAUCGCCCAAAGCUCUGUGCAAUAGAAACUUCUAGAGAUGUAGGUAUAGGGGCUCACGGAGGUGUGUCAGUCAGCAGUCAAAGUAUGAAAUGAUACUGGUUUCUCCACAGGAAAAUGGUUACAUUAGGCUAGGAGCAAAAACAAUGUUUCUUUAAGUUAAGAUUGAAAACACAUACCUGACAACGAUCAACAGAAAUUGCUUCCUCACCACUACCGUCAUGUCUGCUGUCUGUUGUUUGACCUUCCACAUGACAGUUCUUCACAAUUCCUUUAAUCAUUUUUUAAAUAUUUUUUUUACUGCCUAUGGGCUGUGAUGUAUAUAGAAGUUGUACAUUAAACAUACCCUCAUUUUUUCUUUUCUUUUCCUUUUUUUUUUUUUUUAGUACAGAGUUUUUAGUUUCUUUUUCAUGAUGUGGUAACUACGAAGUGAUGGUAGAUUUAAAUAAUUUUUUAUUUUUAUUUUAUAUAUUUUUUCAUUAGGGCCAUAUCUCCAAAAAAAAAGAAAAAAUACAAAAACAAACAAAAAAACAAAAAAAAAGAGGGUAAUGUACAAGUUUCUGUAUGUAUAAAGUCAUGCUCUAUUUCGGGAGAGCAGCUGAUCACAAUUUGCUUCAUGAAUCAAGGUGUGGAAAUGGUUGCAUAUGGAUUGAUUUAGACAAUGGUUACCAGUACAGACAAAAAGAAAAAAAUACAACUAAAAGGAAGAAACACAACUUCAAAGAUUUUUCAGUGAAGAGAAUCCACAUUUGUAUUUCAAGAUAAUGUAGUUUAAAAAAAAAGAAAAAAACUUGAUGUAAAUUCCUCCUUUUCCUCUGGCUUAAUGAAUAUCAUUUAUUCAGUAUAAAAUCUUUAUAUGUUCCACAUGUUAAGAAUAAAUGUACAUUAAAUCUUGUUAAGCACUGUGAUGGGUGUUCUUGAAUACUGUUCUAGUUUCCUUAAAGUGGUUUCAUAGUAACCAAGUAACAAAUAGGGGGAAAACAGCCGUGUACUAACAUAGCCCCUCGUUAAGAAACCCUGAGGUCGGGAGAGACCUUUAAGGGUUACCUACUUGAGAGUGGGGAGCAACAGUUUGAUUUUCUCAAAGUAUUUAGCUAAUUAGUCUUUGUUUGAAGCGAUCAACUCUAACAACGUUGAGGUAUGAGAAUUUUCAGUGUGCAUGGGAGGUGGCUGCCGGCCCUUGAGGUGAGAUCCCAGGAGCUCACUGGCCUGCCAGGUUAACACCCUGCCUUUUUCUAUCCCCAUCUUAAUUUCGAUCAGAGUUCAAUCUAUUCCAUGUUUCUCUUGUGUGCCUCAAAGUUAUUUUGCAUUAGUUUACUCCACCGUGUAUAAUAUUUAUAUUGUGCAAUGUUAAAAAGAAUAUGUUAUAUUGUAUGUGGUGUACAUAGUGCAAAGUGAUUAUUUCUAUUUCAGGGCAUAUUAAUAUCCUCAUAUUCCUUCCUACCCGGUGCACAGCAGCUUUUUAAUACUUGUCACUUCUAAUUUAAACUUUUUCUUCCUGGGUCGUUGACUGCUAUUAUGUAACAAUCAAUUUCUUUGAAACGGCUGCAGAGUUCAGCUGUUAGUGGACACCCUUCUGACUCUACCUCUUCGCACCACCUUACAAUCUCAGCAGACUCAGAAAUUCCAAGUCCAUUCGCCAGACCUGUUACCCGGGCGCACAUUACUCACGAUAAUACACGGAAGAGUUAGACGAGAGCGCUCAGUUAUCAUCAGAGUGUGAAACAGGACUCCAGUGUUACAAGACAACAUUUUUUCUGCAAGCGUUCUCAUCAUCUGGCAACUCCCACAUUACUCAGUCUUCUUAUAUAAUAAGGCAGCCAAAUAUAUGUUGAAUUUAAAACCCAUUUAUAAUUCUACUUUAAAUACAUCUGCUUGCUAAGAACAGAUUCUAGUGCUCCAACCUUCAAAUAUGGAGACUUGUAAGAGGGAAUUCAAUAUUAUUCUAAUUUCUCUCUUACAGAGUAUGAAUAAAAGGUAUACACAAACUUGGAAGUUUGUCAAUCAAAAGAGUAAAAUCAUUACAAAAGACUGUUGUUGUCAUGGUUGUUAUCGAUACCUAGAGUCUGAGCAAAAAGAUUUUACAUACGAUACACAGCAUAAUCUCUAUAAUAAUCCAGGAAGAUUUUAGCAUCCUUUCUACAUUUUCACCCCAGAAUGAAGACUACAGAAGCCCAUGAAGAACUUACAACCUGCCUGAGAUCAUCUUGCCUACAAACUGAGUUAUUGCUUUGUCCUAAAAAUGAGUUGUUUUUUUUUUUCCUAUGAGGCUUUUCAGAAAUUUACAGGAUGCCCAUACUUUAAAUGUGUACCAAAAAAAAAAAAAAAGAUUAAAAUAAAGGUGCAAAGAAA